AUGGCUUAUAAACCACUUGACUCGUCAGAUGUGGCAGCAAAGACCUUGGACAGUUUCAAACGGCUAUACAAUGUCAAAACCUCGGAUGCCUUACUUUUAGGUAGUUCAACCAUCACCAAUGAGAUGAAAUGCAUAGGUACGUUUGUUGACUUGGAUCGAGUGAAAAAAAAGGACAGAAUUGAUGGUUUGAUUGAGCUGCUGAGGAUUCCUCGUGCAUCGACAUUUUCGAUCCACACAAUUCUAGAAACAAUAAAUGAAAGAUCUCAGUACCACACGCAGCGACAGUUUGAGGACACUACAAGCAUGGUAAAACGAUCUUUGGCUUUGGCUUUUUCUGAUGACACGAUUGCAGAGAAAAUAUCAGAAACGUUGAUCUUAGUCGUUUACUUUGUCGUUUUUGAAAGAUUGCAACAACUGGAAUACGCCUUGCCGGCGGUCAUUGGCGAAUAUUUGAAUAAGGUCCUUCUCACCACUGAAGUGGGAUCUUUCUACACUGCUCUUCCGGACCUCAAAACAGGGAACAAUCUUGAGCUUAUGGGACAGUAUGGACUGUUGGAACUGUCUAGUAUUUUCGAAUCUUUAAUAGGCAUUUGCAACCAGAGCUUUGAUGCUUCUGCGGACCCGAAAAUCGUUGCAAAAAUUAUGGCAAGUGUGAUUUCACGCUGUUUAGAGAUUCCACAAGAAAUUGAACCAAAUAGUGACGACUUCCAGGUGCAUACUACUCUGGUUCCUAUCUUGGACUAUUCCAAUCACGAUAACCAGCGUAUGAACGCUCAUUUCGAUAUUGAUCGGCGUACAGACGAGGUUUUGCUGCUACUGGACAUUGAAAAGUGUCCUAGCAAGAACGGCACUUGUGAAGUGUUCAUAAGCUACAAUCCAAUUCACGAGCUCGUGCAGUUUGAAAAAAUCUACGGGUUCAGUCCUCCGCUGGAAUCUCAAACACCCUCAUACAUGAAUUGCUGCAUUGACAAGACAUUUUUGGCCAGGAACAUGCACCUGGAUCUUUUUUACAAAUGGUUUGACAUCAAACCUUGCAUUCAAUUCUGCAUAUUAGAUGGCGCGGUUUACAUCAAUGACUGCAUUGAGAGCUUCAAAUGGCUAACCUUACCGUUUUCUACCCAAGGGUUUCCAACUCAAUCCCCAGCGAAGUUUCUAUACGAUGAGAAUGUUCCCAGAGUAUUUGCGCAACACUUUUCUAAGGCUCGAGGAGGUGACGCUAAAGACUUUAUUGAUGUCUGCGAGGAGCAGGUGGAGCUCAGUGAGAAAAAUGGCUCGGAGAGUAUUGGAAUGCCUCAACUAGCCUGGGUCUUACAAUAUACGCUAGAUGGUGAAACGCUUCACGGGCGUUUUGAUAGGAAGCAGAUUCCUGAACUGCCUGGUUACAAUUCCACAUUAGCUAGAGAGUCUUUCCAGGCGUACCUGUUGACAUACUUUCAAUGGCGUCAACACCAAUUACAAGACAAAUUAGCUUAUUUGUCUUCCUCCUUACAGAACGUCGCAAUACAUGAGCUCCAUUUCAUUACUCAAUUGUUGCGUCAAAAUGACGAGAACAAAAGUUUACUACUAAGCGACACAAAGUUAGAUUACAAAAAGUUUCAAACACCGCCGAUCCCGCCAUUACUCCAGAACUCCAAUCAUCAAUUCUCUAAACCCGUCACGCAAGAAAACACAAACGCCCAAGAAUCAUUUUCAUUGACUGAUCCGCAAGCAGAAUACCAAUAUUACGAAGACUUUUUCUCGCCCUGA